ACCUGGAGAGGCGUCCCCGAGGCAACUCACGCUCUCUCCAGCGUUUAAUCCGAGGGAACUCGUGGAGUGCUUUAACUUCGCCUUUGCUUUUGUUUUAUCUCCAUUACUCCGUUCGGUUGCCCCUGGCGACAGUACUCGCCCACGCUUGUUACUGGAGGAGGCCCGCCCCGCCGUAGAAUCCCCGCAGAGCCGGCCUGUAGCCCCGGCGUUGUCUGUCCCAGCGGGCCGCUACCUUGUGACGUCACCAGGGAAGAGGCGGAUUCUCUCCUACUACAGAAAGACGUCUGCUGUUUUGAUUGGCUAGGGAAGACGUCCGUUAGGACGUGUUGCCCUUUCUGUGUAAGCUGUGAGCGUAGGCGGCCCUGAGGAGGUGUGUGGCAGGGGUUUCCAAGCCCAGCACCAGCACCCUUGCCCUUUUCCAUCAGGGGUUCAGCCUAGGGUCCCCCCCGGUGGGCGGCUCCCGAGUCUUGGAGAAGAGCACGAGAACCUAGACCGCCCCCGAGGUGCGGAGACCCCCUGGGCAGGUUGAAAGAUGGCGGCGGCGUCUGUUUCUGCGGCUUCUGGUUCUCACUUGUCGAACAGCUUAGCUGAGCCAUCAAGGUCUAAUGGAAGCAUGGUUCGGCAUUCUUCAUCUCCAUAUGUAGUAUAUCCUUCGGAUAAGCCUUUCCUUAAUAGUGAUCUACGACGCUCCCCAAGUAAGCCUACACUUGCCUAUCCAGAAAGCAACAGCAGAGCCAUAUUUUCUGCUCUUAAGAAUCUUCAAGAUAAGAUUCGACGCUUGGAACUUGAGAGAAUUCAGGCAGAAGAAAGUGUGAAAACCUUGUCUAGAGAAACAAUUGAAUAUAAGAAAGUACUGGAUGAACAGAUACAAGAAAGGGAGAAUUCAAAGAAUGAGGAAUCAAAGCACAAUCAAGAACUGACAUCUCAGUUGUUAGCUGCAGAAAAUAAAUGCAAUCUAUUAGAAAAACAAUUGGAAUACAUGCGAAAUAUGAUAAAGCAUGCCGAAAUGGAGAGGACAUCUGUCUUAGAGAAACAAGUUUCCCUCGAAAGAGAACGACAACAUGAUCAAACACAUGUUCAGAGCCAACUUGAAAAAUUGGAUCUUCUUGAACAGGAGUAUAACAAACUUACCACAAUGCAGGCCCUUGCAGAAAAAAAAAUGCAAGAGUUGGAAGCAAAACUCCAUGAAGAAGAACAGGAAAGGAAACGCAUGCAAGCUAAGGCAGCUGAGUUGCAGACUGGUCUAGAAACAAAUAGACUUAUCUUUGAAGAUAAAGCAACUCCACGUGUUCCCAAUGCAAGAAGAAUUAAAAAAAAGAAAUCAAAACCACCAGAAAAGAAAAGUUCUAGGAACUAUUUUGGUGCACAACCACAUUAUAGAUUAUGCUUGGGUGAUAUGCCAUUUGUAGCUGGGAAGUCCACAAGCCCUAGCCAUGCCGUGGUAGCCAAUGUUCAGCUUGUCUUGCAUCUAAUGAAGCAACACAGUAAAGCUUUGUGCAAUGAUCGAGUCAUCAACAGUAUUCCUUUGGCAAAGCAAGUAUCUUCACGAGGUGGUAAAAGUAAGAAGUUGUCAGUAACACCUCCCUCCUCCAACGGUAUUAAUGAGGAGUUAUCAGAAGUCUUACAGACUUUACAGGAUGAAUUUGGGCAAAUGAGCUUUGAUCACCAGCAGCUUGCAAAACUUAUCCAGGAGUCGCCAACCGUUGAACUGAAAGACAAGUUAGAGUGUGAAUUGGAGGCAUUAGUGGGAAGGAUGGAAGCAAAAGCCAACCAAAUAACUAAAGUUCGAAAAUACCAAGCCCAGCUGGAGAAACAGAAGUUAGAGAAGCAGAAGAAGGAAUUAAAAGCUACCAAAAAGACUCUUGAAGAAGGAAACAGCAGCAGCCGUUCUGGAAUCACAGGGACCACAAAUAAGAAAGAUUUUACCAAACUGAGACCUGGAGAAAAAAGGAGAAAAAAUCUUCAGUUAUUGAAGGACAUGCAAAGCAUACAGAAUUCAUUACAAAGCAGUAGUUUGUGUUGGGAUUACUGACUCAUAACCAGGUCAGAAAUUUUAUUCAGAUAAUCUGUACCUCAUCAAUCAGAUGAUGACAAUUUACUUCCCAGGUCUCAUACUCACUUAUGUUGGAAUUAAUUAUAGCAGGUGUUAAGGGACCCAGGCUUCAUUACACAGGCUUUUCAUGUAUGCAGGAUGACUCAAUGUUAAAGCAUUUAAAUGGAAACCAGGGGAGUUUUAAAGCCCCAGAAACCACACAUAAUCUUGUUUUGUUGAGAUGAGUUUGCUGUACUGAUAUAUUGCACUUUGUAAACAGAUUACCAGUUUUUUACCUGUGGGUGUGAUUUUUUAAAAUCGUUCUUUAUAUAUAAUUAAAAUUAGGUUUAAAUUUUCAAAAUAUGAGACUAUGCUACAGGCAGUGCUUGCUUGAAAAGUCUCAUUUUUAAAUCUCCCUGGCAUGAAGUGCCCACUUCCCCUUUCUAAAGCAACCAUUAAACAUACUUUGUUUCUACUAUUGGUGGAGUUUUUCUAUAUUUAAAAAUAUAUAUAUAUUUCAGAGGAUUUUUAUUUUGCUUUUUGGCAUUUCAGACUUUGAUCAGUAUUAAGUGCACUUGUAUUGCUUUUUAAUCUGUUAAUUUUUUAAAGACCCAAGCAGUCAUUUUGAGUUAUAGCUAUAAAAAUUAUAAAAGGAUUUUUGAAAGUAUAAACAAAUUGUCAGUGAAAUAAAUGAGAUUUUGGAAUAAAGUGAGAAUGGGAGAAGGGAUAUGUUGUGAGCAUAUACCUUCACAGUUCUUAAUACCUGUUUUGUAAUAAUGAUAUUCAGUCAAGGCAUUAUGGUUUUUAAUCUUGAAACUUAGAGAACCCUUUGAAUAUUUGCUUUUACUGGUGUACAGUAUGAGUGGAAUAUGAACUGUACACAUAAUUAUCAUGUUGAUAUAAAUCAUAAUUUAAACUAGAUCAAGACAUGUUUACCUUUUAUAAAUUUAAAGUCAAUAAAGCACCUUUUUAAAGGAAACACUGCAACUUUCCUUAACAGCCUGUUAAUAAAGGCUUUGUGAUAAGCUCUCAAAAAAUGCAUUUCUAAAUAGGACAUCAAUGUAUUGAUGAAGAGAAGAAACUAGUACUUAGUUGCCAUACUCAUGUUUACAUAGAAAGAGAGCCCAAGAAUAUUAGAUUUCCUCAUGAUACAAGAUACUACAGUAACAGGCUUUAAUUUAGGAUCCUUAAAUAGAUUUUGGGGUAUUAUUUGUGACUCUCCUGAAAUUGUAAACUUGUGCUUCUAUGUCCAGUUUUCUAAUGAGUAGGUUCGUAGCUUGAUCGAAUUAAUAAUUGUGAGCCCAUAGACACAAGGGAAGUGAGAAACAGUGCUUUGGUGACAUGAUAAAUAUAUGUGUCAACCACCAUUUCAACUAUUAAAAACUCCUGUUAUCUCCUUGUUUGAAUUUCAGGUCAUUAAAUUGUAUAACCAUCAUUUGAA